AAACACCGCCCGCAAAAACACUCCCCACACGUUAACAUUCGGCAGCCAACCUCCCGAUCCCAUCGCCUAUGCACCUGAUCUUCUAGUUCAUGGGGCUGGAUCAGAGUCGCAAUUAUGAGGAUUACGGAGAUUAUCAUUGACGGCUUUAAAUCGUACGCCGUGCGUACGGUGAUCUCAGGAUGGGACGAAUCCUUCAACUCCAUCACUGGCCUCAACGGCAGUGGUAAAUCCAACAUUCUCGAUGCCAUCUGUUUCGUCCUCGGUAUCACGAACAUGUCCACCGUUCGUGCGCAAAACCUCCAGGAUCUCAUCUACAAGCGUGGUCAAGCCGGUGUGACCAAGGCCAGUGUGACCAUCGUCUUCGAUAACCGCGACACAGCCAAAUCGCCCAUCGGCUUCGAAGAGUAUGCGACCAUUUCGGUGACCCGGCAAAUCGUCCUCGGCGGCACGAGCAAAUACCUGAUCAACGGCCACCGUGCGCAGCAACAGACAGUGCAGAAUUUGUUCCAGAGUGUGCAGCUGAAUAUCAACAACCCCAAUUUCUUGAUUAUGCAAGGUCGGAUUACGAAGGUUUUGAACAUGAAGCCCGUCGAGAUUUUGUCGAUGAUCGAGGAAGCGGCCGGUACACGAAUGUUCGAGGACAGGAGGGAAAAGGCUGUGAAGACCAUGAGUAAGAAGGAGCUGAAGCUGCGUGAAAUCGAGGAACUGCUCAAGGAAGAAAUCGAGCCCAAGCUGGAAAAGCUUCGGUCUGAAAAGCGCGCGUUCCUCGAUUUCCAGCAGACCCAGAAUGACUUGGAGCGUUUGACUCGACUGGUGGUGGCGCACGACUAUCUCCGAGGCAAUGAGCGGCUACGGGCCACGGGUGAAGAAUGCGAGACCAAGAGACAAAGGGUACAAGCGCUGGAGGACAAUGCGGCCAAGCUUAAGAGCGAAAUCGCUCACCUCGAAGAGGAUGUGAAGCGGGUCCGAGCCGCUCGUGAUAAGGAACUACGAAAGGGAGGCAAAUUCCAGGCCCUCGAGGACGAGGUCAAGUCCCACUCGCAUGAACUUGUUCGAUUGACGACCGUUUUCGACCUGAAGAACGCUAGCAUCGCCGAAGAAAAGGAGAAGAAAACCGAGGUCCAGAGGACAGUGAGCGACUUGGAAAAGGUUCUCAAGGAGAAGAAGAAGAUCUAUGAUAAGCUCCAGGCGCAGUACGAUGCCGCGAAAGCAGAGCUCGACGCUCAGACGGCCGAGGUGGAGCAAAAGGAGGAAUUGCUCCAGACCCUGCAGACUGGUGUCGCUUCGAAAGAAGGUCAGGAAAGCGGCUACCAAGGCCAGCUUCAGGACGCUCGUAACCGGGCUAGCACAGCCGCCACCGAACAAGAACAGGCGAAGCUCAAGAUUGCUAACCUGGAGAAGAGAAUCAAGGAAGAGGAACCUCGGGCAAAGAAGGCAAAGGAACAGAACUCUGGCCUUCUGAAAGAAUUGGAGGGCUUGAAGUCCCAGGCCAAGAAACUCGAAUCGGAGCUGACCAGGCUGGGAUUUGAGCCUGGCCGCGAGGAACAGCUCUACCAGCAGCAGACGGAACUUCAGAAGGAGAUCCGUGAGUUGCGCCAGAGGGCUGACGGGCUUCAAAGAAAGGUCGCCAAUGUUGACUUCAACUACACCGAUCCCCAUCCCCAUUUCGAUCGGUCAAAGGUCAAGGGUCUGGUUGCUCAGCUGUUUAGCCUCGAUAAAGAGAAGCUCCAAGCGGCCACGGCCCUCGAAAUCUGUGCGGGUGGUCGUUUGUACAACGUUGUUGUCGACAGUGCCGAAACCGGUACGCAGCUGCUCCAGAAUGGACGACUGAAAAAGCGGGUGACCAUCAUCCCUCUGAAUAAGAUCUCGUCCUUUGUUGCGUCGGCGGAGAAGAUUGGAGCGGCGCAGAAGAUUGCGCCCGGAAAGGUCGACCUUGCCUUGUCGCUCAUCGGAUACGAUGAAGAAGUCACGGCGGCCAUGAACUACGUGUUCGGCAACACCUUGAUCUGCAAUGAUGCCGACACAGCCAAGCGGGUCACUUUCGACCCCGCUGUUCGGAUCAAGAGUGUAACGCUCGAGGGCGAUGUCUACGACCCGUCCGGUACCCUGUCUGGAGGUAGUGCUCCCAACUCGAGUGGUGUGCUCGUUACUCUGCAGAAGUUCAACGAAAUCACAAGGGAGAUCCGAAGCAAGGAGCGACAGCUGGCUACAGUGGAGGAUACAAUGCGGAAGGAGAAGAAGAAGCUCGAUGCCGCGCGUACCAUCAAGCAGGAGCUGGACCUUAAGACUCACGAGAUUAAACUCACGGAGGAGCAAAUCAGCAGCAACUCGUCCUCCUCGAUCAUUCACGCCGUUGAAGAGAUGAAAGCGAACAUCGAGCAGCUGAAGAAAGACAUUUCCGACGCAAAGACUCGCCAGAGUGAGGCAUCCAAGGAUAUCAAACGGAUCGAGAAGGAUAUGAGUGAGUUCAAUGAUAACAAGGACAGCAAACUCGCCGAAUUGCAGGCUUCGUUGGACUCUCUCAAGAAGAGUCUGGCCAAGAACUCCAAUUCGGUGAAGUCCCUGCAGAAGGAGCUUCAGAAUUCCCGGUUGGAGCUGGAGCAGGUCGGCGGCGAUCUGUCAGCGGCCGAGGAGCAGAGCGCCGAGACUGAGAACACCCUUAAGGCCCAGAUGGAGGAGAUCCAGUCUCUGAAGAGAGAACAAGCCCGGAUUAAGGACGCCCAUGACAUUGCCCAGGCUCAUCUUGAAGAUGAAAGGGCCAAGCUGACCGGCUUCGAUGACGAGCUGCGUGAACUCGAGCAGACGAAGCAGUCCAAGAGCUCCCAGGUCACGGAAGAGGGUCUGGAGAUCCAGAAGCUGGGCCACCAGCUCGACAAACUGCAGAAAGACCAACACGCCGCGGCGCAGACGGUGGCCCACAUGGAGGAGGAGCAUGAGUGGAUCGCCGACGAGAAGGACAACUUCGGACGAUCCAACACGGCUUAUGAUUUCAAGAAUCAGAACAUCGCCGAGUGCAAGUCAACUCUGCGCAACCUGACCGAGCGGUUCCAGGGCAUGAAGAAGAAGAUCAACCCGAAGGUCAUGAACAUGAUCGACAGCGUCGAGAAGAAGGAGGCGGCGUUGAAGAACAUGAUGAAGACCGUCAUCCGCGACAAGAGCAAGAUCGAAGAGACCAUCAUCAACUUGAACGAGUACAAGAAGGAGGCUCUUCACAAGACGUGGACCAAGGUCACUGCUGACUUUGGACAAAUCUUCGCCGAUCUCCUUCCUGGCAGUUUUGCCAAGCUGGAACCCCCCGAGGGCAAGGAUAUCACCGAAGGUCUGGAAGUCAAGGUGUCCCUGGGCAAGGUCUGGAAGCAGAGCUUGACCGAGCUGAGUGGUGGACAACGGUCUCUCAUUGCGCUUUCGCUGAUCAUGGCGCUGUUGCAAUUCAAGCCGGCCCCGAUGUACAUUCUGGACGAGGUCGACGCUGCGCUGGAUCUGUCCCAUACGCAGAAUAUUGGUCGGUUGAUCAAGACGCGAUUCAAGGGAUCGCAGUUCAUUAUUGUGUCGCUGAAGGACGGCAUGUUCCAGAACGCCAACCGCAUCUUCCGGACGCGGUUCAGUGAGGGAACGAGUGUAGUCCAGGCGUUAACCCCUGCCGAUAUGAAGUAGAUGUGUGGUUUAUUCUUCGUUUGUCCAUAUUGUUCUGGUGCGUUGGGGUCUUGGUUGGCUGGGACAGGAGCUAUAUGACGCCAUGGUUGGCUCGGUGUUUCGGAUGAUGUAUAUGAUGCGGGAUUCUACCGGUUUAUCUUAUGAGAUAUGUUAAUGAUGG